CAGAUCCUUCAGUAAAUUACAGCCUCUUCUCCUCUCCAUGUUAUUGAGGGGGAGAGGAGCAGAGAGGAGGUGGCAGAUCCGCAGUCAUGGAGCGGCAGUAGGAGAAAUAAAGCACAAGCUCCUCUACCCCUGGACAGAUUAAAUUAUACAUCGGCCGCUCACGAGUAGGGAAAUAUCACUGAAGGCGGACAAGAGCGCGAUCAUGCAGUGCACGUACACAAGAAUCUGAACGCAUCUGCCGUUAAAGAUGUCCUCCGCGGAGCAGCAGCGCGACUGGACGCGGGCGGAGGUGGAGCGGCUGUCCCGGGAGCUGAGCGAGACCACGCAGGAGAAGAUCCAGGCGGCGGAGUACGGGCUCGCGGUACUGGAGGAGAAACAGCAGCUGAAGCAGCAGUACGACGAGCUGGAGGCAGAAUAUGAGACCGUCCGCCAAGAGCUGGAGCAGCUGCGAGAGGCGUUUGGACAGGCCCACUCCAACCACAGGAAGGUGGCAGCUGAUGGCGAGAGCCGCGAGGAGUCGCUCAUCCAGGAGUCGGCGUGUAAGGAGGCGUAUUACGAGCAGCGCAUGCAAGAGCUGCAGGCAGAGCUGCGACAAGCACGUAACAUCCUGACCAACGUCCAGUCAGAGAACGAACGGCUCGCCACCCUCACUCAGGAACUCAGAGAGAACAGUCAGAUGGUGGAGCUGCAGAGAUCUCGUCUGCGUGACGACAUCAAGGAGUUCAAGUUCAGAGAGGCUCGUCUGCUGCAGGACUACAGCGAACUCGAGGAGGAGAACAUCACCCUGCAGAAACAUGUUUCUGUCUUAAAACAGAGCCAGGUUGAGUUUGAGGGUCUGAAACAUGAAAUCCGUCGUCUGGAGGAAGAUACCCAGUUUCUGAACAGCCAGUUGGAGGAUGCCAUCCGUCUGAAGGAGAUCGCUGAGAGGCAGCUUGGGGAGGCGCUGGAAACCAUCAAGACUGAGAGGGAGCAGAAGGCCGCCUUACGAAAGGAGUUGUCUCAGUACAUGACCAUCGGAGACUCUAUGUACCACAGUCCUUUGAGCAUCUCCCUCGAUGGGCUGAAGUUCAGCGACGACACCUCAAUCGAGCCCAACAACGACGAACCCCUCCACGUCUAUGAGAAUGGCUUCGAAAAGAUCGACGACAAUGACAACCGUGUUCCACGCCCAAAAAAAGGAGAGCUCUUCCACCCGUCCUCCAGCCUCGUGGACAAUCUGCUGAAUGAGCUCAACAUCUCAGAGAUCCAGAAGCUCAAACAACAGCUGCUGCAGGUGGAGCGAGAGAAGGUGACACUGCUGUCUACCCUGCAGGAGUCUCAGAAACAGCUCGAGCAGGCUCACGGAGCUCUAUCGGAGCAGCAUGAGAAGGUCAGCCGUCUCACAGAGAACCUCAGCGCCGUCCGCAAACUCCAGGCCAGCAAAGAGCGCCAGUCAGCUCUGGACAACGAGAAAGACCGUGACAGCAAUGAGGACAGUGAAUACUAUGAGGUGGACAUCAACGGCCCUGAGAUCCUGGAGUGCAAAUACAAGGUCGCCGUGUCUGAGGCAAGUCAGCUGAAGGAGGAGCUCAAAACGUUAAAGGCCGAACAUUCAGCCUGUCAGUCGCAGUAUAAGGAGGAGCGGGCGCAGCUGGAGAGCCAGGUUGCAUCUUUGAGCGCUCAGGUCACUUCUAUAGAGCGCAGCAGUCGAGCCGACCGCGAGCAGCUGGCGCGACUGGAGAAGGAGCUUCGUCAAGCCAGUGAAGUGGCGGGUGAAUCCCAAGGCAGCCUUAACAUCGCACAAGACGAGCUUGCCACCUUCAGCGAGGAGCUAGCCAACCUGUACCAUCACGUAUGCAUGUGCAACAACGAAACGCCUAACCGAAUCAUGCUCGACUACUACCGCGAAGGUAAGGCUGGCGUUAACGGUACACAGACCACGGGUCGGGGCAGCCCCGACGGUCGCGGCCGCCGCUCUCCCAUCCUGCUGACCCGCGGCCUCUUCCCUACCACCGACGCUAGCGAUGGAGCUUCUUCUCCGGCCUCCUCCAUUCCGUCCCCGGUGGCUGAUCCCCGCAAGGAGCCCAUGAACAUCUACAACCUGGUGGCUAUCAUCCGUGACCAAAUCAGACACCUGCAGCUAGCGGUGGACCGCACAACUGAGCUCUCGCGUCAGCGCGUGGCUUCUCUGGAGCUGGGUCUAGGGGCAGACCGAGACCAGGAGGCCAGCGUGGAGGAGAUUCUCAAACUCAAAUCACUCCUCAGCACCAAGAGGGAGCAGAUAGCCACACUGAGAACCGUCCUGAAGGCGAACAAACAAACCGCUGAGGUGGCGCUGGCCAACCUGAAGAGCAAAUAUGAGAACGAAAAGGCCAUGGUGACUGAAACCAUGAUGAAGCUUCGCAAUGAGCUCAAAGCCCUAAAAGAGGAUGCAGCCACUUUCUCCUCACUCAGGGCCAUGUUUGCCACGCGUUGUGACGAGUACGUGACUCAGCUGGACGAGAUGCAGAGGCAGUUGGCGGCUGCGGAGGAUGAGAAGAAGACGCUGAAUUCUCUCCUCCGUAUGGCCAUUCAGCAGAAGCUGGCGCUCACCCAGCGCCUGGAGGACCUGGAGUUUGACCACGAGCAGACCCGGCGCGGCGGAGCCAGCGGGCGCUCGAAGGCGGCCUCCUCACGUGGGAAAUCCACCCACUCCCACGUAAGUCACCCUGCCGCUGCCACCGCCACCUGCGGGGUUCGAGGCGAGCCCAACGGCCACCUGGGAGCGCCGGUGGUGUUCUGCAGCGAGAAGUACAAGAUCUACUGCGACUGAAGCCGCGUGGGCCUCCUUAGCCGUUGUACAAAGCUCCACUCACGCGCUCUCUUGCUUGCUCUGUGCUAACCCAUACGAUGUGUCCGUGUGUUUAGGGCUAAAUAUGGUCAUGCCUGCUAGCAUCCUCGUAGACAGGUGCAUGUUGUAGAGCUAACUAAGGGCAGAAUGAAAUAACGUUUAGUCUUGUAGGUUCCUUAAGGUGAAGUGCUUUUCUGCUAGCGGCACCUAACCGAAUUGCACAAUUUUACUGCUCGAGGCGCCGUCCGUGCACGUUUCUCGAUUAGACGUGAUAGAGAAAGCUAGCCGUAGGAUUGUUGAAUUGUGAUCGAUAGCCAUUUGCCCUUUUCCUCUGUCCAUCUCUCUCCUGCCUCUGAAAUCAGCAGCCCGUCCAAUCAGGUAACUCGUGUUUACAUGCCCGAACAAACGAAAUAUGCAAACCUCCUCCUCCCUGCCUUGUUGACGUGCAGGAAAACCCAUUGAAUUGUGCCAUUCUAGUUUUUUUUUUUUUUUUUUUUUUUUCUUUUGCGAGAAAUCAAAAAUAACAUCAAAAAUGAAAAUCAACGGGUUGGAGAGUGAGUGUUUUAGCGAUGUCACUCGUGAGGCAGGCGGGAGCGACGCGUUCAUAAAUCGGUAUGCGCCGUGAAGCCGGUGGGUUUCUGGCUUUUUCAUUAGAUGUCUGGCUGCACAACUGAGAGCUUUAAUAUAGUCUUAGACCCGAUUACGUUUACUUGAGCACACUUGACACACGGCUUUACACGGUGAAGUCAUGGUGAAGGGCUUGCCACACGCUCACAGUGCUGUCAACACAUGUUCACGAUGUUUUGUGUAUUUACACUGCAGAUGAAAUGUUAGCGAGGCCUUAUCUGUCGUUUCUGUGCUCUAAAUAGCGUGGCCGUCUCAUUUCGAGACCAAUGUCUCUUUCUUUUUUUUUUUCUUUUUUUUUUCUCCAUUCUCUGGCUUGCUUAAACAUUUAUCCUGAAUCAGUGAUGAAUAAGGUUAUUGCUUUUCAGUAACACUCAUUUUGCAUAUCUGCAAAAUAUGAUAUCACCACAAAACCAGUCAUAAGGGUCAAUUUUUCCAAAUUGAGAUUUAUAGAUUACCUGAAAGCUGAAUAAAUAAUAUAUUGAUAUAUUUACAGUAUGAAUUUUACAAAAUAUCUUUAUGGAACAUAAUCUUUACUUAAUAUCCUAAUGAUUUUUGGCAUAAGACAAAAAUCACUAAUUUUGACCCAUACAAUGUAUUUUUGGCUAUUGCUACAAAUAUACCUGUGCUACUUCAGACUGGUUUUGUGGUCCAGAGUCACAUAUACAUUGCAUUCAAUCUUUUGAGUUUGCAUUGUGUGAAAGAUUGAUACAACUGAAAGCUAGGAUUUUUAGACAAAUCUACUUAAUCUUAAUACUUGAGCAAAUGGGCUAAUGAAUGGCUUCUCUGAGUUACUGUAUUUAAAAAAGACAUGCAGCACUACACAUUUUGGGAACUUUAAAAUGAUAGCAGUGUUAAAACAUAAACAUUACGCUCUCUAGUCCAGUUACUCUAGCAAGGUCUGUUCCCAUAUGAUCUAGAGGUUUGGAUUCCUGGUUGUUACCAGGCCGCCCGGGUUCGACUCCCGGUAUGGGAAGUGAUGCCUCAUUUUCAAAUUCAAUUGACCUGCCACGGAAAAAGACGAAUGUCUUAUUUGCCUGACAUGUCUAACAAUUAAAAAACACCAUUUUUGAUUGGUAUGAAGUUUUGUCCCAAUUUUAAAAUGGCCAGUUCAGUGGCUCUCUUCACUCCAUUUUUCCCCACUAAUACAUAAAUCGUUAAAUCAGUUUGAUUCAAUAGUUUCAGUUAGUAAUAAAAAAAUAGCCCUCAGGUAGACAGAAGGUCUGCGUUUCGCCAAAAAAAGAAGUGUUUCGUACAUCUCAUUAGCAUUCACUACAUUUUUGGCUUCACCUGGUGAGGUUGAGGUUUUUAGUUCUUGUUAGAACCUCUGGCUUCCUGCAUCCUGUACUUCUCCACACUAACUAACAGGACGCAUCACAUGAGCUGCGUUUGGCUUCUGCUGACUAACCCGGGUUUUCUAUCGAGCUUAAGCAGAUGCAUCCGCUGUGUAACGUUAAGCGUAAUGCUAACUGCUUUUUAUUUCUUUGUUCCGAUUUGCAGUUACGUUCAGCCUGUAGCUGAGCUGGAACUCAACAUUCCACCACUGCCUGCAAAGCCAGUGCUCCCAAACCAGUAAACUUUCUUGGACGUAUGAGAGACACUGGAUGGCAUGCCUUUAUCUUUGUAAUCAUUGGAAACUCAAACCUUUUAUUGUAGUUAUGCAUUGUGCACACAGCAUUUUACAUUUACAGAAGUUGGGUUUUUUUUUACGAACAUAGGAAGCCAGAGGUCACAAAGUCCUGAAAAGUUUAAUGCUUUAGUUGGCACUACAAAAAACAAAAAGAAAAUGGGCUAAUGUUCUUUUGCUCAAGACAUUCGUCUAUGUUUUGAGAUUUUGUAACCUUCGCUCUUUUAAUAUAAGGUUAUAUUGCUUUUUAUUAUAUCGGUCUAUAGUUUGGGGUGUUCUGGUUUGUGAGUCUGUUCACGUAUUUUACACUACUAUUUUAAGAGUAUUUGAUUUUUAUGUGUGCGUCCUCUGUAAGCAGACAACAGAGCUCAACAUCACGUAAUCAUAACUAACGCAGUCCACAUCGACUCCACUUGUGUCAUCUUUAUGAAAUGAAUCCAUAAGAUUAUUCCAUUACUGCCACGUUUGAAUGCUCUUGUCUAUUUAUUAUUUUGUCUUCAUAGGAAUAUUUUAAAGUGAACAAAUAAAUGUGGCCUAAUCUAAUCAGAAGGCUUUGGUUAAACUAAACCAGCAAAUCAGUAAAAACGGAAAAAAAGCUGAAUGGAUUUUUCGUAACACUUCACAAUAAGGUUCAAAUGACGAUAAUGCAGCAUUUAUUAAUCUAGGAUCGUUUCUUUAUAUAGAAAUACGUUUUUAACGCCGUAUAAAAUAACAUUAGGUUGACGUGAUCGAACGUGCAUUAACGACAUUCGCAUAUUAACGUUAACCUGGAUGAAUUAAGAUCGAUUGAUGACAUGUUAGCAAACUGUACCUUAUUGUAAGUGUUGGCAAUUUGUCUUUUGUUCAUUUCAAGCACCUUCGCUCAAGCUUUACGUGGAUCACUGACCUUCUGCAUUCUGUACAAGAGGAAAUUAAUUAAUUCCAAAUUGGAAUGCUGUAAUUCUCUCUGUCUAUCGUGCCAAGUGUCGGUACAACGUUCGGGUUGGUUAAAAGGAUCAGAAGCGGCAAGAUGAGGGUUUGCCCUGCUUUACCUUACCGUCGGUUUGGUUCGUUUUUCGUUUUAUGAUCUUCAUUCUGACCAUUAGUGCCUUUUUGUUCUUUGAAGAGAGAAUCCUAGCUUAGCGUUUAGUUUUUGUAUUUUAGUUUUCUCACUCCUUAAGGGAGAACAGCCGAUGACUUGUUUCGAACUUAGCAGCAGCAAUAAGUACAGAAGACAUUCGUUCUGUUUUCAAGGGUGUGAAGAAAUUAAUUAUUAGAGAAAUAAAACAGAUUGUACUGAAUUCGUCAGGUCAGUGAUCCCACUAGCAAAUUCAGGGGUUUUAGAAAACGUUAUUUUUCGUCAAAUGGUUUGAAGUCAGAAAUAUCGUUUGCCUCAAUAUGAACAAAAAUUUCGAGACACGAAACCGGUGUGGUGUUUUGUUGUCGGAGACUGGUGUUAUUCUAGCUUUGUAUGGUGAGGUAGCUGAGGUGAUGUGAUUAUUGAUAGUAUUGUUAACAAUUGUGAGAAAGCUUGUGUCCUCUUUCUGUCCAAUUGUUUUUUUGUUUGUUUGAUUUUGUUUUGGUUUUUUUAAACAUUUUUAACAUGGUUAUAUGAGCAUUACAAUUUCAGGAAACAGAAAACGCGUUGCAUCAACAAGCAGAUGUUGCCACUAAAGUCACGUUUUAUUUGUUGAGGCGUAAAAUUAAUAAAUACAGUCAGCAAGUGAGAAGAAGCUAAAUUAAGUGCAAUUAAACCCAAACAAAGUUAUGUGGUAAAUGAGGUUUUCUGUUUGCUGGAAGUGAUGGCGUUGUGAUAUUCUACUAGCUGUGGAAGCUUAUUAUUGGAAAAUCUUAUUAUUGUGUUCCAGUAUUGAUCUAUAAAGAUCUAUAAGUUUGAUACCUUUAUAUAAAAUAACAUGCAUUUGUUUGUAUUAAUUUGAAAUGAUCGUCAGUACUGAACUUUAUAAUGUGCAUUAUUAUGCCAUAUGCAUGUUUCUUUCAGCUAUGAGACUUGUACACAGAACCGAAAACAAACUUAGAACUCCAAAGACUUGAAAAAAGACAACAAAAAGAGGAAAGAGAGAAAUGUUUGGUUUUUUUUAUUUGGUCCCUUACUCUUGAACUAACAGAGUUAAAGUAUUGUUUUCUAGAGCUUUGUCUGUGUAGAAGUAGUCAUGCUGGCUCAAGUCAGUAAAUACAAAUAAUAAAAAAAACACUCAAAAGUCA